AUUUUUGUGUCAACUUUCUCUCUCUCCACCGGCAGAAAAUUGUUCUUGGAAGUUCCUUGUAGGAGUUGCUGUUGUUCAGAACUGCUGUGAUGAGCAGGGAGGGAACUCUGAGGACCUUAGAGCUGCUCUCAGGAGCCACCAAGGUGCUGGUGGAAUGAGCGUAGCGUGUGUUUUGAAGAGAAAAGCAGUUCUGUGGCAGGACUCGUUCAGCCCCCACCUGAAGCAGCACACUCAAGAUACAGCUAAUCCCAACAUGCCUGUUGUACUGACAUCUGGAACAGGGUCCCAGGCUCAGCCACAGCCAGCUGCAAACCAGGCCCUCGCAGCAGGGACACACUCCAGUCCUGUUCCGGGCUCCAUAGGGGUGGCAGGCCGCUCCCAGGACGACGCCAUGGUGGAUUAUUUCUUCCAGAGGCAGCACGGGGAGCAGCUCGGGGGAGGAGGGAGCGGCGGCGGCGGCUACAACAACAGCAAACACCGCUGGCCCACCGGGGACAACAUCCACGCAGAGCACCAGGUGCGUUCCAUGGAUGAACUGAAUCAUGAUUUCCAAGCACUUGCUCUGGAGGGACGGGCCAUGGGAGAGCAGCUGUUGCCGGGUAAAAAGUUUUGGGAAUCUGAUGAUUCCAGCAAAGAUGGACCAAAAGGGAUAUUUCUGGGAGAUCAGUGGAGAGACAGUGCUUGGGGAGCAUCAGAUCACUCUGUUUCCCAACCCAUUAUGGUUCAGAGAAGACCUGGGCAGGGCUUUCACGUGAACAGUGAAGUCAACUCGGUGCUUUCCCCACGGUCAGAGAGUGGAGGACUGGGUGUGAGCAUGGUGGAGUACGUGUUGAGCUCGUCUCCUGGAGAUUCCUGCCUAAGGAAAGGAGGAUUUGGGCCAAGGGAUGCAGAGACUGAUGAGAAUGACAAAGGGGAUAAGAAAAAUAAGGGCACGUUUGAUGGUGAUAAAUUGGGAGAUCUGAAGGAGGAGGGGGAUGUGAUGGAUAAAACAAAUGGUUUGCCUGUUCAGAACGGGAUCGACGCAGAUGUCAAAGACUUCAGCCGCACGCCCGGGAACUGCCAGAACUCGGCGAGCGAGGUGGAUCUGCUGGGCCCCAACCAGAACGGAUCCGAGGGCUUGGCCCAGCUGGCCAGUACCAACGGGGCCAAGCCUGUGGAGGACUUCUCCAACAUCGAGUCCCAGAGCGUGCCCCUGGAUCCCAUGGAGCACGUGGGCAUGGAGCCCCUCCAGUUCGAUUAUUCCGGCACCCAGGUUCCCGUGGACUCGGCCGCGGCCACCGUGGGGCUCUUCGACUACAAUUCCCAGCAGCAGCUGUUCCAAAGACCCAACGCCCUGGCGGUGCAGCAGCUGACGGCAGCACAGCAGCAGCAAUACGCCCUGGCUGCUGCCCACCAGCCACACAUAGGUAUGUUUUCAGCAGGUUUAGCUCCUGCUGCCUUUGUUCCCAACCCCUACAUCAUCAGCGCGGCUCCCCCGGGGACGGAUCCGUACGCGGCCGGACUGGCGGCAGCUGCCACGUUAGGCCCGGCUGUUGUCCCUCACCAGUACUAUGGAGUCACUCCCUGGGGAGUUUAUCCCGCCAGCCUGUUCCAGCAGCAAGCGGCCGCCGCCGCCGCCGCCACCAACUCAGCAAACCAGCAAACGACACAGCAAACCCAGCAGGGCCAGCAGCAGGUUCUCCGUGGAGGAGCCAGCCAGCGUCCCUUGACCCCCAACCAGAACCAGCAGGGCCAGCAGACGGACCCACUGGUGGCCGCGGCCGCCGUCAACUCCGCCCUCGCCUUCGGCCAGGGGCUGGCAGCGGGAAUGCCAGGGUACCCAGUGCUGGCUCCUGCUGCCUAUUACGACCAAACCGGGGCCCUGGUGGUGAACGCGGGGGCCAGGAACGGCCUGGGGGCCCCCGUGCGCCUCGUGGCCCCUGCCCCCGUCAUCAUCAGCUCCUCUGCAGCCCAGGCAGCGGUGGCGGCGGCCGCGGCCUCGGCCAACGGAGCGGCGGGAGGGCUGGCAGGGACAACCAACGGGCCAUUCCGGCCUCUGGGGACGCAGCAGCCCCAGCCCCAGCCCCAGCAGCAGCCCACCAACAACCUGGCCUCCAGCUCCUUCUACGGCAACAACUCCCUGAGCAGCAAUUCCCAGAGCAGCUCCCUCUUCUCUCAGGGCUCUGCCCAGCCCGCCAACACCUCCCUGGGCUUCGGCAGCAGCAGCUCCCUGGGGGCCACGCUGGGCUCUGCACUGGGAGGAUUUGGGACAGCAGUUGCAAACUCCAACACGGGCAGCGGCUCCCGCCGGGACUCGCUGACGGGGAGCAGUGACCUGUACAAGAGGACAUCGAGCAGUUUGACACCCAUAGGACACAGUUUUUACAAUGGCCUUGGCUUCUCCUCCUCUCCUGGCCCUGUGGGAAUGCCUCUGCCCAGCCAAGGACCCGGCCACUCCCAGACUCCUCCACCUUCCUUAUCUUCACAUGGAUCAUCUUCCAGUCUAAACCUGGGGGGGCUGACGAACGGCAGCGGGCGCUACAUCUCCGCGGCCCCGGGCGCCGAGGCCAAGUACCGCAGUGCCAGCAGUGCCUCCAGCCUGUUCAGCCCCAGCAGCACCCUGUUCCCCUCGUCCCGGCUGCGCUACGGCAUGUCCGACGUGAUGCCCUCCGGCCGCAGCCGCCUGCUCGAGGAUUUCCGCAACAACCGCUACCCCAACCUGCAGCUGCGCGAGAUCGCCGGCCACAUCAUGGAGUUCUCCCAGGACCAGCACGGCUCCAGGUUCAUUCAGCUGAAACUGGAACGUGCCACCCCAGCAGAGCGUCAGCUGGUGUUCAACGAGAUCCUGCAGGCAGCUUAUCAGCUCAUGGUGGAUGUGUUUGGGAAUUACGUCAUCCAGAAGUUCUUUGAAUUUGGCAGCCUGGAGCAGAAGCUGGCCCUGGCAGAGCGCAUCCGCGGGCACGUGCUGUCGCUGGCGCUGCAGAUGUACGGCUGCAGGGUGAUCCAGAAGGCCCUGGAGUUCAUCCCCCCAGACCAGCAGGUAAUUAACGAGAUGGUUCGGGAGCUGGACGGGCACGUCCUCAAGUGUGUGAAGGACCAGAACGGGAACCACGUGGUGCAGAAGUGCAUUGAGUGCGUGCAGCCUCAGUCCCUGCAGUUCAUCAUCGAUGCCUUCAAGGGCCAGGUGUUCGCGUUGUCCACACACCCCUACGGCUGCCGCGUGAUCCAGAGGAUCCUGGAGCACUGUCUUCCCGAGCAGACCCUGCCCAUCCUGGAGGAGCUUCACCAACACACCGAGCAGCUGGUGCAGGAUCAGUAUGGGAACUAUGUUAUCCAGCAUGUGCUAGAACAUGGUCGGCCCGAGGAUAAGAGCAAGAUUGUAGCAGAAAUUAGAGGCAACGUGCUCGUGUUGAGUCAACAUAAAUUUGCUAGUAACGUGGUGGAGAAGUGUGUGACGCACGCGUCGCGCACGGAGCGGGCCAUGCUGAUCGACGAGGUGUGCACCAUGAACGACGGCCCCCACAGUGCCUUAUACACCAUGAUGAAGGAUCAAUAUGCCAACUACGUGGUGCAGAAGAUGAUCGAUGUGGCAGAGCCAGCCCAGAGGAAGAUUGUCAUGCACAAGAUCCGGCCUCACAUCGCGACCCUGCGCAAGUACACCUACGGCAAACACAUCCUGGCCAAGCUGGAGAAGUACUACAUGAAGAACGGGGUGGACCUGGGGCCCAUCUGUGGCCCCCCCAACGGCAUCAUCUGAGGGGGCCCCAGCAGAGCCACCCCCGGCCCCCAAACCAGCAACCACCAACACCCCAACUCACACUAAAGAUCCACCCCGACGGUUGCUAAAAAAAAAAACUUAAAAAAAAAAAAAAACAAAAACAAAGAAAA